ACCACCUGUGUUCACUACCCAGAGGAUGACCAUGGGGACAACACAGACACCCACAUGGGUGUUAAUAUGGAUGGCUCUGGCGAUUGGUUUAACUGCCUCUCAAAGUGAGGAUACAACAAAGGCCACAGUUAACAUCAUCCCCUCAAUGUCAAGGAUGCCUGAGAUUGCAGGAGUGAGUCCUAUGCACAAUGGCCAGGUCUGCAGCACGUGGGGUAACUACCACUUCAAGACCUUUGACGGAGACAUCUUUCAGCUCCCCUCCACCUGCAACUAUGUUGUGACCUCACUGUGCCAUAGCAGUUAUGAGGAUUUCAACAUCCAGAUGAGGCGGCAGGUGGUGGACAACCAGCCCACCAUUAGCAAGAUCACCAUGAAGCUGGAUGGUGUAGUGGUGGAGCUUUCCAAGGGUUCCGUUGUUGUUAAUGGGAAGAAUGCCACCUUACCAUUCAGCCAGUCUGGUAUUCUCAUUGAAGAGACUCCCUCCUACAUCAAGAUCAAAGCAAAACUGGGAUUGGUAGCCAUCUGGAACCAGGAGGAUUCCUUCUUGGUGGAGAUGGACAUCAAAUUCAGAAACAAGACCUGUGGUCUAUGUGGAGAUUUUAAUGGAGUUCAGCAAUUUGAUGAGUUCUAUAGCCAUGGUAUGAAAUUGUCCCCUGUCGACUUCGGAAACUUCUGGAAAUUGGAUGGUCCAACUGAAAGCUGUACUGAAAAAACACUGCUUUCGAAUCAUAAAUGCCCCAAUCUUAAACCAGUUUGUGAGCAGUUGCUCUCCGGUCCUGCCUUCAGCAGCUGUAAGGACUUGUUAGCCAUCGACUCAUUUGUUGAGGCCUGUGUAUCUGACCUGUGCCACUGUGAUAACAGCACCAACUCCUUCUGCCUGUGUAACACCAUCUCAGAGUACUCCCGUCAGUGUGUUCAUGCAGGGGGGAAGCCCCAGCAAUGGAGGACUGAACAGUUCUGCUAUAAAACAUGCCCCUUCAACAUGGAGUACCAGGAGUGUGGAAACCCCUGUGUUGACACCUGCUCCAACCCUGAGAGAGGCCAGAUGUGUGAGGAACACUGCUCAGAUGGCUGCUUUUGUCCUCCAGGCACCGUUUUUGAUGACGUCAACAAGAAUGGUUGUAUCGCCUUGAGUCAAUGCUCCUGCCGCCACAAUGGAAAAACCUACGCCCCCGGAGAGUCUUAUUCAAGCACUUGUAAAGAUUGCUCCUGUGGUGGUGGUCAGUGGAAGUGUGUGGACAAGGACUGUCCUGGCACAUGUGCUGUGGAGGGAGGAUCCCACAUCAACACCUAUGAUGGAAAAGCCUACACCUUCCACGGGGACUGCUCUUAUGUUCUGACCAAGGACUGUGAUGGGAUGCAAUUCACUGUACUGGGUGAUCUGGUGCAGUGUGGGCUUUCUGACAGUGAGACUUGUCUAAAGGCUGUUAUCCUGUCCCUCUCAGAAGGAGCCACUGUGAUCAACAUACAACCCAAUGGAAAAGCCUUUGUAAAUGGAAUCUAUUCUCAGCUGCCCUUUUCUGUUGCUGGAGUAACUAUUUUCAGAGCCUCCUCAUUUUUCAUCAUCGUCCAGACCACCUUUGGCCUCCAGUUGGAAAUCCAACUCUCACCAAUCAUGCAGGUCUAUAUUGCUGCAAGCACCGUUUGGCAGCAGAGAACUUGCGGUCUUUGUGGAAACUUCAACAACAACCAAGGAGAUGAUUUCAAGGUCCUGAGCGGAGUGACUGAGGGCACAGCCAUUGGUUUUGCAAACACCUGGAAAACACGAGCCAGCUGCCCAGACAUCAAGAGUAGCUUUGAAAGCCCCUGCAGUUUAAGUCUUGACAAUGAGAAAUAUGCGCAGCACUGGUGCUCUCAGCUGGCUGAUCCUAAAGGGUUGUUUACUCCAUGCCACGCAGCGAUUAGCCCAGACAUGUACAAAGAUAACUGCAUGUAUGACAGCUGUAACUGUGAGAAGAGUGAGGACUGCAUGUGUGCUGCCGUCUCCUCUUAUGUCCACGCUUGUGCUGCCGAGGGUAUCCAGCUCAGCGGCUGGAGAGACACUAUCUGCAACAAAUACUCCACCUCGUGCCCUAGCACCAUGGUCUACAGCUACAGCAUGGAAAUCAGUGAUCGCUCCUGCCGCUGCUACAGCGACUCUGACUUUACCUGUUCAAUCACCUUCGAGCCUGUGGAUGGGUGUGUCUGUUCUGAGGGAACCUUCCUGGAUGAUGAGGGCAAGUGUGUUCCACCAGCCAGCUGCCCUUGUUAUUACAAGGGCUCAGUGGUGUCCCCUGGAGAGGUCAUCAGCAAGGAUGGAACCAUGUGCACCUGCAAGGAGGGAAAACUCCAUUGUAUUGGAGAUUCACCUGAUCAUCCAUCAUGUGUUGCACCAAUGGUUUUCGUCAACUGCUCCAAUGCAAGCCCAGGAGUGAGAGGGUUAGAGUGUCAGAAGAGCUGCAAUAUUCUGGAUAUGGCCUGUAUCAGCACAGAGUGCAUUUCAGGCUGUAUGUGUCCCCCUGGACUGGUAUCCGAUGGAAAAGGAGGCUGCAUCAAGCCAGACCUUUGUCCUUGUUCUCACAAUGCAGCUACUUACCAACCAGGAGACAGCAUCAAGGUCGACUGCAAUACCUGCACUUGUAAAGACAGAAAAUGGCAGUGCACAACUAACCUGUGCCAUGGAACCUGUGCCAUUUAUGGAGAUGGACACUACAUUACUUUUGACGGGAAACGAUUCACUUUCGAAGGAGACUGUGAAUACACUCUUACAAAGGACUACUGUGGAAACAACAAUGCCAAUGGCAGCUUCAGAGUCAUCACUGAGAACAUUCCCUGUGGAACAACAGGCACCACCUGCUCCAAGGCCAUCAAGCUCUUCCUGGGGAACAAUGAAUUAAUCCUGACAGAAGGGAACUACCAAGUCAUUGAGAGAAAUACAGGGGAGGUGGUUCCUUACCAGAUUCGUACAAUGGGCAUCUACCUUGUGAUUGAAGCCAAUAAUGGGUUGAUUCUCAUGUGGGACAGGAAAACAAGCAUGUUCAUCAAACUGAACCCACAGUUCAAGGGACAUGUCUGUGGUCUGUGUGGAAACUAUGAUGGCAACGCAAACAAUGACUUCACUACCAGGAGCCAGGCAGUAGUUGUCAACCCUCUAGACUUUGGAAACAGCUGGAAAGUCUCUGCAAGCUGCCCCGAUGCAAAGAACAAAAGGAGCCCCUGUACUGCCAACCCUUACAGGCUGUCUUGGUCACAGAAGCAGUGUAGCAUCAUACAGAGCAAAGUUUUCACAGACUGCCAUUCUAAAGUGGACCCCUCUUCUUUCUAUGAUGCGUGUGUGACAGACUCAUGUGCUUGUGACAGUGGUGGAGACUGUGAGUGUUUCUGUACCGCUGUGGCAGCUUAUGCAGAGGCCUGUAAUGAGGCUGGAGCCUGCAUAGCCUGGAGAAGCCCACAAAUCUGCCCACUGUUCUGUGAUUACUACAACCCCACUGGAGAAUGUGAGUGGCACUACAAGGCAUGUGGAGCUCAGUGUAUGAAGACCUGCAGGAAUCCCUCCGGGAGCUGCUCAACUCAGAUACCACCUCUUGAAGGUUGCUAUCCAAAAUGUCCUCCUGCUCAACCCUUCUUUGAUGAAGAUAUAAUGAAGUGUGUGGAGAAGGAGCAGUGUGGCUGCUAUGGCAGAGAUGGAAAACACUACAAUAAUGGAGAAAAAGUUCCAACCACAGAAAACUGCCAGACAUGCUAUUGUAAUUCAGUGACAGUGGACUGCAAAUACGAUGUACAAGCUUGCACUUGCACCUACAAUGGGAACAAAUACCCCUAUGGGCAUAUCAUAUACGAUACAACGGAUGGACAUAGCAGCUGUAUGACAGCAGUUUGUGGGAAGAAUGGAACCAUUCAAAGGGACAUGUACACAUGUUCAACUACAACUCCAUCAACUUCUAUUCCAUCUCAUCCAACUCCAUCUACGAAUGUUCCUACCACUACAUCAUUCUCUACAGUGACAACAAAUGUUUUCACUUUCUCAACACCAACGCCAACUGAGCCAGCCACAUCUUCAACAGAGACAACAGUGUCUCCAACAACCUUUACUACUACAUGUGGAUAUCCAUGUGUGUGGUCACAGUGGUUUGAUACCACAUUCCCUACACUUGGAACUCCAGGAGGAGACUCUGAAACCUACAACAACAUAAGAGCAGAGGGACACAAUAUAUGUGAGAAGCCAAGCAACAUCCAAUGCAGAGCCGAGAAGUACCCAAAUGUUAGCAUAAGCCAAGUAGGCCAAGUGGUGCAGUGUAAUGUAGCAGAAGGGUUGACUUGCAGAAAUGAAGACCAGUCAGGUCCAUUCCCACUGUGCUUUAACUACCAAGUCCGAGUCCUCUGCUGUGAUGAAGAUCUUUGCACAUCUAAGCCUACAACCAUUUCACCAACAACUACAAGACCACCUGUUACGACGACAACAACAACUACAACAGCAACCACCUCCACUAUAUCAACAACCACGUUGAAUACAAAAACCCCUACCUGCACAGUUUGUGAGUGGUCACCUUGGUAUAAUGUGGACUAUCCUCAAUUUGGUCCUGGGGGUGGCGACAAUGAAUCAAUUAAAAAGAUUCUAGAAUCUGGAAAACAUAUUUGUGAAACACCAGUGGAUGUCAUAUGCCAAGCAGUGCGAUAUCCAGGGGUCCCAAUGUCUGAAUUAGGACAGAAGGUAGAAUGUAAUACAAAGGUUGGAUUAAUAUGCCAGAACAAAGAUCAAGGUAUUCCUCCAAUAUGCCUUGACUAUGAAAUUAAGGUAAAAUGUUGUAAGACUGUGAAAUGUCACACUACAACACAAGAAUCUACAACUACACCUACUGUCACAACUACAAUAAUGUCAACAUCCACAUUAACUACAAUAACAAGUAAACCAAUGACAAUCACUACUCCUUCAACCUCAACUCAACCUCUGACCACAACUACAACUCCAACAACCACAACAACACCCACUACUACGAUCUUGACAUCGCCUGCUCCAGCUACCACAUCAACAACAAUUCCUUCAACCACGACUCCUACACCCACUACUACAAUCUUAACUUCGACAGCUCCAUCUACCACAAAAACAACUACUCUGCCUUCUACUACAUCUCCAACCUCUACUCCUACAUCAACCUCAACAGGAGCAUCAACUACCCAGUGCAGUAGUGAAGAAAGUUGUGUGUGGUCAGACUGGAUCAACCUUGGUCAGCCAACCUCUGGCUCUGAAGGUGGAGAUAAUGAAUCCAUUAAGAACAUCAUUGCUAGUGGUUAUCACAUUUGCUCAGCUCCAGAGGCAGUUGAAUGUAGAGCAAAACAAUACCCUGGACUUCAGAUCUCUCAGCUUGGCCAAGACGUGACUUGCAAUCCAUCCGUUGGACUGAUUUGUAAAAACAAUGAGCAAGGUCUUCAGCAAAAGUGCUUCGAUUACGAGAUACGAGUGAAAUGUUGUCAAUGUCCUCCCACAACACACAUCCCGACAACAACAACAACAACAACAACAGUUCUGUCGACCACGACUCCUACACCCACUACUACAAAACGGUGA